AUGCAAAAUAGACACGGUUAUUUUAUUGGUUCUAUGUGGGGAAGAAAAAAUAAAAGCUUCGUAAGGAUAAACUAUGGAAUAGCAGCACGGAUGAAAGUAGACAAGUGGGCUGCAUUUAAAAAUCGACCCUCAGAAUUUGAGGUUCAAGAAUUUUAUGGACGU